GAAGAUGGAGGUCACAGACGAAGAAAAAACUUAAAGUUCAGCUGUGAUAUGCUGACAUUUCCCCAUCGACCGCUUUUGUAAGAUCAGUGUUGUAAACAUACAGCCAAAUUAUGAAUAUGUAAUGAUUUAAACCAAGAUCGGUCGUUUGUUUUGCUUGCAAUGUUUUCCCUAAAAUAGUAAUGCGCGUAGCAUGAUGAGGUCAGAUCGAAGGUGAUUUCUUCAGCUAUUUUACGGGUUUAGCCCUUAGCGUGGAGGCACAACCGAAAGCAAAUUCCUGGAAAACUCUAAGAGGUGACGCAGCUGAUUUUUAUUAGAGAAUCAUGGCUGAAGCAGUCAAGGUAAUUGUUCGUUGUCGCCCUCUCAACCAACGCGAGAAGGACUUGGAUUGUGAGGUUGUAGUCCAGAUGGAUUCCUCUACUGGGCAGUGUGCUUUAAACAAACCUGGAGAUAAGACACAGCCACCGAAAUCUUUUACAUUUGACGGUGCUUAUUAUAUAGACUCUACUACUGAGACCAUAUACAAUGAUAUCUGUUUCCCGCUGGUCGAUGGAGUAUUAGAGGGAUAUAAUGGCACCGUAUUUGCCUAUGGUCAGACAGGAUGUGGGAAGUCGUUUAGUAUGCAAGGUAUAACUGACCCUCCCACUCAAAGAGGUAUAAUUCCACGUGCAUUUGAACACAUUUUUGAUAGCAUUCAAGUUGCAGAGAAUACCAAGUUCUUAGUUCAUGCCUCUUAUUUGGAGAUCUACAAUGAAGAAAUCAGAGAUCUUCUUGGAAAGGACCAUAAAACAAAGCUGGAACUUAAGGAACAUCCAGAUAGAGGGGUCUAUGUCAAGGAUCUUACCAUGAACCCUGUGAAUAGUGUGCCUGAAAUGGAGAAGGUUAUGGAUCUUGGAAGUAAGAAUCGUUCUGUAGGUGCUACACUAAUGAAUGCUGACUCGUCAAGAUCCCAUUCGAUUUUCACAAUAAACAUAGAGAUUAUGGAGACUGCUGAUGAGAAGGGAGACCACAUUAGAGCUGGUAAACUCAACCUUGUUGACUUAGCCGGGAGCGAGAGACAAUCUAAAACUGGUGCUACAGGAGACCGGCUAAAGGAAGCCACAAAGAUUAAUCUAUCAUUAUCGGCUUUGGGAAACGUCAUAUCUGCUUUGGUUGAUGGAAAGUCAAAGCACAUUCCCUAUCGCGAUUCCAAGUUAACCAGACUGCUUCAGGAUUCCUUGGGUGGAAACACUAAGACAUUGAUGGUUGCAUGUCUGAGUCCUGCUGACAACAACUACGAUGAAACUCUGAGUACUUUACGCUAUGCAAAUCGAGCAAAGAAUAUUAAGAAUAAACCCAAGAUCAAUGAAGAUCCAAAAGAUGCACUUCUAAGGGAAUACCAGGAGGAAAUCCAGAAACUUAAAGCAAUGUUGAUGGGGCAGAUGGAAAUUCCAACAGAUUUUGCAACAGCUGGAGCCCAGCCCUCUGUUCCUGCUCAUCCUAUAGCUGCCCCACCACAGGAUCACACUGUCAUUGUGGCCAGGGAAACUGAAAAUCUCAGGCAAGAGUAUGAGGCAAAGCUGGCUAAGAUGAAAUCAUCUUAUGAAGCAGAACUUAUGUCCAAACAGAAGCUCCAAGAAGAAAUAGAACAGCUACAAAAUGAUUACAACAGAAAGGUACACAAUGUUGAAGAACAGUACAGUGGCAGGACUGCUUUGACAACAGUCACCCCAGUAGGGGUGGGGACAGGUGACCUGCCAGAAGAGAGUGCUAUCAGUAUGAUUGCCUUGGCAAAUGAGAC